CAUUGGCGGCAAACCUUGACAUUCGCGGGUCCAGCACGCAGCGAGGCAGACGUGUGCACGCAACGUUGGCACACCGGUGCAGAUAUUCAUAAACAAAUCACACGUAAUGACGACCCAUUGUUGGAUUGCGGUAACGGUCCUGCUGGCCGGGGUCUUCCUAACGGGAGUCCAGACUCGACCUUCGGAGAAUAAUGAGGAAUGGCGACCAGUCUAUAUUCCUGAAGAGCCAAAUAAUGCUGAGACCUCACUAACAGAAGAUUCGAACGUGGCUGAAGGGAGAUCGAUAUCGUAUGACACAAAUGAACCAGCUACUCAAGAAACUACACAAGAAAUCAUAGAGAAAAUCCGAAAGCUAAACGAUGGACUCAACAGACCGCAUCGACAAAAACCAAAAUACAAUAACAACGAGCCAGAUAAAAGUCAUGGACUAGACGAAGAAACACUUAAAAGAUUGCAACUGCUGAUAAAUUUUGCCCCACAAUUACUUUCGAAUCACCAAGAGAGCACAAAGCUGCGUGCCGAUAUAGACAAAAAUGUUUUGAGAAAUGGAAAACCUAAGGCUCUUUAUGGCACGCCCUUGAAUGCAUUGGCAGCUCCUAAUACAGUAGCUUACGUGCCAUAUCAGUACACAGCGCUCGGCCUCCAGGCAGUUGCAGCCCAGUCGCAUCCAAAUGACAUCAGCGGUAACAGAUUCGUGAUUACUAAUAACGAUUUGAACACUAUUGACAACACGCACAGUACUAGGCAAGGACUUGGCUCUCUACCGUUUAAUAUUCAGUGGCCACUGGCUCCCUUGUUUCCUGUUCUUCUAAGAGACCCGUUCAUCACAUUCCUUCAAAAUGGAAACUUAGAUAACUUGUUUGAGUAUGGGCAGUCGGCUGAUGUGUGCCGCAAACAGAAAUCUUCCGAGGGCGCAACUGAAGAUAAUGCUGAAGAGAAAGGUGUUAAUGAAACACUAGAUGACAAAGAAAAAGAAAACAAAAUAAAGCUAAUAUCUACUUUGAAACGCUUAGUUAGACAAGGAAGAGCGAUAAAAACUCUAAAGAAACGCAACAUUGUAACUGCUGCUCCUCGUCAAGAAUUAAACACUAAAGUUACGAAAGCAUCGAAGAAAAUAUUUGGCACCAAGAAGCCAGUGUCUAAGAAGCCCCUGGUGGUGCACCCGUCAUACCAAGACCAGGAUGAUGAAGACAAUACAGCCCCAGGUUUUGACAGUGGAGAUUUGCGGAAUCCGUUCACUAACGACUACACGUGGUUCGGCAACCGCAAGCCGGUGGCGCCGAGCCCGGGCUUCUUUAUUAACCGUCUGCGCGUGCGCAAGGGAGGGGUGGCCAUCGCGGGCCCCGGCGGCGUGGCCACGGCGGGCCGCGGGGGGACGGCCAUCGUGGGCCCCGGCGGCCUGGCCUACACGCAGCCCGGCGGCAUGGCCGUCGCCGGACCCGCCGCCAAAAUCUACGCUUUAUCGCCUGAAACAGAUCUAACACAAAUCAUCGCUCAGCUACAGAAGAAGGCUAACAAAGAUGGUACCUCACCUAGAUCUCACACUAUUCCCGAAGGAAAACUAGUCGCUACUGGACCCGUAAUAUACUACCACGAGCUGAAGCAAUCUACUAAUGUGUGUUGUUUUUGGCUUGUUAGAUACGAAGGACGACUACGACGAGGAAGACUCGGCGGAGGAUUCAGAAGAUUGAGUGACGCGGACGGCGCGGCUGAUCGGUUUGCGUUCGGGCCUAAUUCCGACCUGUCCAAGAAAGACUCUAUGUUUAGUAUAGUGGUGGGUCCCGUGGCUCAUGCGGUGAGUGGGGACGCGGCUAUAGCGACGCCGGUGUCGCGGGUGUGGGCGCGGCGCGGCGCGGCGGGGACCGUGCUGCACGCGCCCCGCGCCUCCGCUAUCGCCGGCCCGGGCGGCAUCGCACACGCUCAGUCCGAUUUGGCACGCACGGAAUACCUCCCAUUCUACGGAGGAGGCAAAGGACAGUACCUAGAAGUAACUAAAAAUCAACAAGGACAAGUAGUCAACGAGAAAAUAGUAAACGAAGACAACAUAAGCAAUGAAAAUAUUGUCAAAAACCGAGAUGAAACCCUUUUAUCCAGGGUCUUGAAUGUAAACUUGCAAAACCUUAAGGCACUAUCAACGAAUCUGCUCAGACUUCAUAACCUUGGAAGAACUACUGGGAGCCUUAAGAGAUCCGACAAAAGGGUAUUUAAGGAGCAACUGAUGAGCCUUGGGGAGAUCUCGUCCAACCUGGCCAAGCUCGUGGAUGAGAUAGGAGACGAUGUGGACAUGCUGUUCAAGAGGAACAAUGUCACACAGAAGAGGCAAUAUGAUGAUGAUGUGGGUGAGGAGGGCGUGGGCAUCGACUCCCCGGGGGACUCGGUCAUCAACCUCGAGGAGCUGGGAGAGAUCCUCAACGGAGCCACCAUCGCCGACGCGCAGCCUGUCGGGCUAGCAGUGAUUGGAGAGAGCGGGCUGGCGGCGUCGCGGCCCAUGGCUACAGCGGUGGCCCUCACGGGAGUGGCCCUGGCCCGGCCCGUGGCCACCGCCAUCGCGGGCAUUGACCCCGCCGCGCUCAACCUGGACUUGCAUCUCAAGGGAAACAAGAAACAAGGGUAGAUUAAAGGGAACAAGUGAUGGUUGGGAGCAUAAAGAACAAGUGGUAAUUUAUUAAGGGAAAUAAAAGGGAGGCUCGCCGUGGUUUG